CCGGCACCGAGUAAUCCUCACUUAAGGAAGAAGAUUGAAGACUCUAUCCCGGUUAACCACGUCGAUCAUGGCCCGUCUGCCUCCUGGGCUGAGAUUCCUGCUCUCGCAUCUACACUAUGUCGCCCUCCCGCCUGCCACGGUCUUUUUGGGAACGUCGGUCGCCAGGGCCUAUGCUGGCGUGCAUAUCCAUGCUUUAGUGGUAGCAGUUGCCUCCUUCCUCUCAUUCCCCAUUUUCUGGCUUGUAUAUCGGGCAUGGAGGGACACCUCGGUAAACAGGGCUGCCGCUGCACAUGGAGCGAUUGUGGCCCCUUUGGCAUCCACGCAAGGUGUCAAGCGCAGGGGGAAAGAAGGUUAUCCUCGCGAUUUUCUCUUCCGUCUCAGCGAGAUCUGGGGGAACACCUUCUCCUUUGAGGCCUACGGUCUCAAAAGGAUGGUCACCACGGAGCCUGAGCAUAUCAAAGCAAUCCUUGCAACAAACUUCAACAACUUCGAGAAAGGCCCCGGUUUCCGCGAGCAGAUGCAAAGUCUGCUGGGUGUCGGCGUAUUUAACGCCGAUGAUGAGCUGUGGAAGUUUCACCGCUCCAUGACGAGGCCGUUCUUCAGCAAGGACAGGAUCGGUCACUUCGAGAAUUUCGACCGGCACGCGACAGACGCUCUUCGGCAGAUGAAGGCCCGCAUGCGCGAGGGAUAUGCCGUCGAUUGGCAGGACCUCAUCUCGCGCUUCACGCUCGACUCGGCUUCCGAGUUCCUCUUUGGUCAGGACGUCCGGUCGCUAGCAAAAGGUCUUCCUUAUCCGCCCACCGCCGACGUUCGGUUCGUGCAGCCUGAAGAGGAUGAGUUUUCCACGUCUUUCCUCGCAGCUCAGCUUGUCGCUGCAGGCCGUAGCAAGUUCCAAGAAGCGUGGGGCUUGAGCGAGUUUUGGAAGGACAAGGUUAUCCCCCACAAGGCUGGCAUCGAUAAGUUCAUCAACCCGAUUCUCAAGGAUGCCCUGAAGACGAAGGCAGAAAAGGCGGCAGUAGGAGACAUGGAAACCAAGGAAGUUACAGAGGAGGACACAUUGCUGAGCUUCUUGUUGAAGGUUACCGAUGAUCGCCAGAUCAUUCACGACGAGAUUCUGAACAUUCUCAUUGCCGGGCGCGACACUACGGCAUGCACUCUGACGUUCGCGGUCUACCGUUUAGCGGAGCACCCGGAUAUUCUUCGCCGACUUCGCGAGGAGAUCAUGAGCGUCGUUGGACCUACUCGCAGGCCCUCAUACGAGGACAUCCGCAACAUGAAGUAUCUGCGUGCUGUGAUCAACGAGACAUUGCGCUUGUAUCCUCCCGUUCCCGUAAAUAAUCGAUGUGCAAUCAAGGAUACGGUGCUCCCGGCUACCGCUACUCAACCGCCCAUUUUCGUACCAGCCGGAAUGAAAUGUGUCUACUCUGUGUUCAUGGUGCAUCGGCGCAAGGAUCUAUGGGGUCCAGAUGCUCUGAAGUUUGACCCGGACCGUUUCCUCGACGAACGCGUGCAGAAGUACCUCACGUCCAAUCCGUUCAUCUUCCUGCCGUUCAACGCGGGCCCUCGCAUCUGUCUUGGACAGCAGUUUGCGUACAACGAGGUGUCCUUCAUGCUCGUGCGUCUCCUGCAGCAGGUCUCCGCGAUCGAGUUCGUGCCGGAGGUCUCUCCCGAGUCCAUCAUUCCUCCUGGAUACGCCGACUCCCCUGGUUCGGAUGGCACCGACAGAGUUUGGAUGACCAGUCACUUGACUACAUAUGCUAGGGGGGGCCUUUGGGUGAAGAUGACUGAGGCGAAGGUUGAAUGAUCUCAUGCAGGCUAGCACAUAGCCCUUAACGUAAAGCAUUCCUCGGAGCCUUGGGGCACUGAGCACAGUAAUAACUCUAAAUCUACAACGUAUGGGAAAG